AUGUCAGACUCAGACUUCCUGACCUCGCCUUCAUCAUCUCCUGCUGCUCUCCUCUUCCAAUGUGACUACGCCGACUGGUCCCCCUCCUUGUCCAUCAUCCCGUCCAUCUACCUGAUGGCCUUUGUGGUAGGCUGCCUCGGCAAUGGCCUGGUGCUCUGGGCCUACCUGGACCGAGCCGAGGGGAGGAGGUCCACUGAGAAGAACGCUGGGAGGUUGUGUUGCCAGCAGCAGGGCAGUGUCGUACCAGCUUCCAGUGUUCUACAGAAGAAGAAAAAGGAGAAGUGCGGAAGAAGAUGCAGAUUCUCCUCCAACGCCUCCUUCAUUCCACGCCCGUCCCGGUCACUAACAGACUCCCUCAUAGCUAGCUUAGCGUUAGCGGACCUCUGCUUCCUGGUGACCCUGCCCCUGUGGGCGGCCUACACGGGGCUGGGCUACCACUGGCCAUUCGGGCAAGUCCUCUGCCAGCUCAGCAGCUUCCUCACCGCCCUCAACAUGUACGCCAGCGUGUUCAGUUUGAGCAUGCUCAGUGUGGAGCGCUACUGGGUGCUGACUGGACGCCGGCACUCUGGCACCCCACCCGCUCAGUGGGGCUGCCCCAGUCGUACAAUGUGGGUGCUGGGAGGGACGUGGGUGCUGGCGGGGGUUCUGGCACUUCCUGGUUUGCUUUUGCGGUCCGUCCAGGAAGUGGAGGAGGAUUUCCUGGUGGAGGAGUCGGAUUCUGUGGCAUACUUGUGCCAGAUGGACUACUCCAUGCUGACUGGCUCAGACCUGGACGAGGAGGAAAGGGAGGCAGCAGAGAUGUGGUGGGCGGCGGCACUCAGCCUCAAGUCCACGCUUGUCGGCUUCCUGCUCCCUCUCGUGGUUCUGCUGGUGUGCUACUGCUCCCUGGCCCGCCUCCUCAGCAGACAUUUUGGACAGGGUCCUCGACCCGACCGCCGGCGCCAACGCAGACUCCUCAGGGUGAUCGUGACCCUGGUGAUGGCCUUCUUCCUCUGUUGGCUGCCUCUGCAUGUCAACAAGACCUUAUCCAUGCUGCUGGAGUUGGGAUUGCUCCCGUACUCCUGCACCGUAGACCAGAUACUCCUGGCGGCGCAGCCGUACGUCACCUGCGUCGCCUACCUCAACUCCUGCCUAAACCCCCUCCUCUAUGCUGCAUGUGACCCAUCCUUCCGCAAGAAAUGCAAGUGGACUCUUCAGCUGCUGUUGUCCAGGACGGCCUGCAGGAAAGACGGGAAGGGAAAGGAGGUGAAGAGGGAGGCGCCAAAGGAGGAAGGGAGCUCAGGCUUGCCCAUGAGGACACGGGAGGAGACGGCAGAUCCGACACAGGAUGCUGACAUGAUCACUGAGGGGUGAGACGGCACAGAAGUGGGGUGGAUUACAUCCAUACUGGCCAGAGCCCAGACCUAAAUAAAAUGGGGUGGUGACCUGAAGUGGGGUUGUUUGCUAAUUCUUGCUAGUUUGGCUAAUUUGGAGCCCUCCGGCCAUUGAAACUGAAUGUAAACAUUUUUUGUUGCCCCAUGCAUAAUUACGGUAAUAGCACCUCAUUCAUGUGUUUGGUAAUUGUUUAUUCUUUUAAUACAAUUUAAAUUGUCCAAACUGACACUAUUUUUUGUGUUUAUGUAUUGCAAAAUGUAUUGUAAAUGUGUUUAUGUAUUUUUUAUGAAAUGCCCUUUGCAGUGAACAGUAUCUUCUACCAAAUGAAUCACCUUUUAAUCCCUAAUCAAAAAAGGUCAGUAAGGAUAAUUCAUAAUGCCGCCUACAGAGAACAUACUAACUCCUUAUUUCUAAAAUCACAAAUACUUCAACUUGCUGAUAUAGUUCAUCUUCAAACAGCUAAAAUAAUGCAUAAGGCUAAAAAUAAGCAAUUAGCUAAAAAUGUCAUCCAAUACUUCUCUACAAGAGAGGAGAAAUAUGAUCUCAGGGAAGAAGUACAUUUGAAACACUUCUAUGCUAGGACUACGUUAUGCUAGCCAUAGCAUUUCAGUAUGUGGAAUCAAACUAUGGAAUGGAUUGAGUAAGGAAAUCAAACAAUGCACAACGAUGAGCCAAUUCAAGAAACAAUACAAGCAGUUGAUGUUUGCUAAAUACAAGGAUG